AUGAGUGGUAGAAAAGUCAAACAGCUGGGAAUUAUACAACGACCUUACGCCUUACUCUUGUGUAAAGCCUACAGAACAACGGCCACUAGUGCAGCAGUGGUAUUAUCUGGUCUAACGCCACUGCACAUACGCGCGGAGACUGAAGCUGCUUACGCUACUGUUAUCCAUUUAAAGAAGGAAGCUACCUUCUGCGGAAACACUUAUAGUCCAGUUCAGUAUGAGCAUCCAAGGAAUCCCCUGGAGACGCACCCUGCGCACAAGGGAAUAUAUAUAAGGAUUCACGUCAGCAGAAGUGGCGAGCAAAUUACAAUACAGGAUCCACGGUACCCCAUGCAGUACUAUACAGAUGGAUCCAAGCUCGACGAGGGUACAGGUAGUGCCUUCGUCCUGUACCACGGAGGAUGCAAGGAAAUCGAGUGGAAGGGGCAUCUUCAACCGAUAAACAGUACAUUCCAGACUGAAGUCAUAGCCAUUACCACUGCGAUUCAGCAUGCAAUUGACAGCAGGAUCACCGAUGCAAUGCUGUUUACAGAUAGCAUGUCAACGCUAUUCGCCCUAGUCAACCAUAACCACACCUCCCCAUUGGUAGCGGACCUCGAGAAUAUCCUACAAUCACACCCUCAACUAAUUUAA